ACGCGGGACGCGGGUAAACAGGUAAUUGCGUGAGUGAAGUUUUUCAAGUUACUGUUUUUCUCGUGAUAAAUGGCUGGAAGUGAGACCCGAAACAUCUGAAAGCUAUGACUGCAGAAGAGGGUGUUGGCAUCGGAGAUUUCGUCCUCCUGGACGAAAUCACCCUCGAGAAAGUUGUCGAAAAUUUGAGAGUCAGAUUCAAUGGCGGGAAAAUUUAUACGUAUAUUGGCGAGGUUUGUGUAAGCGUUAACCCUUACAGAAGCUCUAAUAUCUACGAUGAAGAUAAUGUCAACAAAUACAAAGGAAGAGAACUUUUCGAGAAUCCGCCACACAUCUUCGCGAUAGCGGAUGCCGUUCACCGAGAGAUGAAACAGCAGGGUCGUGAUACUUGUAUAGUAAUUAGCGGAGAGUCUGGUUCUGGCAAAACUGAGGCUAGUAAGAUCAUAAUGAAAUAUAUCGCUGCUGUGACAAACAUCGGUGGUCAGCAGGAAAUUGAAAGAGUGAAAAAUAUCCUCAUACAGUCUAAUUCCAUUCUCGAGGCUUUUGGCAACGCAAAGACAAAUAGAAAUGACAAUUCCUCUCGAUUCGGAAAGUACAUGGACAUUAAUUUCGACUUCAAAGGCGACCCAGUUGGAGGCGAUGUUACAAAUUAUCUUUUGGAAAAAUCAAGGGUUGUCUAUCAGCAACGAGGAGAACGAAACUUUCACUGUUUUUAUCAGUUGCUGAAUGGAUGUAGUGAAAGUGAACUACGAUCGCUACAAUUACAAAGGAAUUCAAGUGUCUAUAAUUAUUUAAGCCAUGGUGACAACAACAAUAAUGUUAAAGCCACAACCGUUGACAAGUUUGAUUACAAAAAAGUCACAGGUGCCAUGUCGACCUUGGGAUUUUCUCAGAACGAGGUACAGACAAUUUGGACGGUCAUUGCCGGUGUUUUAAAUCUGGGCAAUAUUACGUUCAACCUUAGCGAGGACGUAGUUGUAAUUGGCAACAAAAAUGCAUUAAAUAGCGCUGCCCAAUUGCUAUCAAUUAACUCAGACGAUCUCAAUACUGCCUUAUCGCAAAGGGUGAUUGCAGCGGGAGGAGAAGUAAUGCAGAAAACGCACACCUUGGUCGAAGCUGAAUACGGGAGAGAUGCUCUAGCAAAGGCUGUCUACGAGAGACUUUUCACUUGGAUCGUGCAACGUAUUAACGAAACCAUCAAUGUAAAUGCAAGUGGUGUUUACAAACGAUACAGAACGGUAAUAGGAGUAUUGGACAUUUAUGGAUUUGAAAUUUUUGACGCCAACAGCUUCGAACAGUUCUGCAUCAAUUAUUGUAAUGAGAAACUACAACAGCUUUUCAUUGAAUUGGUUUUAAAACAAGAGCAAGAAGAGUACAGAAAAGAAGGCAUCGCUUGGCAGAAUAUAGAAUAUUUCAACAAUCAGGUGAUAUGUGACUUAGUGGAACAAUCCCAUAAAGGAAUGUUAUCAAUCAUGGACGAAGCUUGUUUAAGCGUAGGAAAAGUAAACGACGAGAUGCUUCUUGAGGCUAUGGACCAAAAACUCGUCGGUCACAAACAUUAUACAUCCCGACAAUUGAAGCCGAUGGACAAGGAACUGAAGCACAAAUUUCAGUUUAGAAUAAAGCACUACGCUGGAGAUGUUGUUUAUAACAUAAACGGAUUUUUGGAUAAGAACAAAGAUACCCUUUUCCAAGACUUUAAACGCUUGUUGUUCAAAAGCAAGAAUCCGAUUAUCUGCAGUAUGUGGCCUGAAGGUGCUCAAGAUAUUACAAAGACAACCAAAAGACCUCUAACAGCCGGAACGCUCUUUAAAAACUCUAUGGUUGCUUUGAUAAAGAAUUUAACAAGUAAAGAGCCAUUUUACGUAAGAUGUAUUAAACCGAACGAAGUCAAAUCUCCUGUAGUUUUCGAUGAAGAGAGAGUGAGCCAUCAAGUUCGGUAUUUAGGUCUUGUCGAAAAUAUUCUAGUCAGGCGAGCUGGUUUCGUCUACAGACAGCGAUACGAUAAAUUUUUAAAGAGGUACAAGAUGAUUUCGCAGUACACCUGGCCAAAUUUUAGAGGAGGCAGUGACAAAGAUGGAGUUCGAACUCUCAUGGAAGAAAGAGGAUUCCAAGACGACGUACAAUACGGAAACACGAAAAUAUUCGUUCGUUCUCCUCGGACUUUGUUCGCACUCGAAAAGGCUCGUAGCGACCUUAUUCCGGGAAUUGUGAUCUUACUUCAAAAACAAUGGCGAGGUUACUUGGAUCGUAGACGUUACAAAAAGAUGAAGGCUGCUCUUACUAUUAUGCAACAUUAUCGCCGCUACAAACUCUACCACUAUAUCAGUGAACUGGCAAAGACAUUCAAAAACGCAAAGUCGAUGAGCGACUAUGGCAAGCAUCUUCCCUGGCCUCGGGACAGUUUCGCUGUUCGGCAGAGCAUUCCACUUUUGAGAAAGAUCUUCGCAAGGUGGAGAGCUUGGAUGAUUUUGAGGAAUAUUCCAAGAGAAGAGUGGUCUCAGCUCAGGAUAAAAAUGACAGCGGGAGCAGCUUUGUGCAAACGGCGACCUUACUGGGGACAAGACCGAUCCUGGGAAGGAAAUUACUUAUCACAGUCUCGAGAAAAUCCCAACAGUGAUACUUUUAACUCCUCUGUCAACAACUUGAGAAACACGGAUCACUUCAAAUCUAUCCUAUUCAGCGCUUUCGUCAAAAAGACGAACAAGCACAACAAGCAAGCAGACCGAGUUUUGCUGGUUACCGAGCAGGCUGUGUACAAAUUAGACUGUACGAAAUUCAAAAGCAUGAAGAAGAGAAUGCAAAUCUCCGAAAUCACUGGGCUGAGUGUUUCGCCCGGACGAGAUCAACUAAUCACGAUUCAUUCAAAUCGUGGAAACGAUUUAAUUAUUUCAAUAAUAUCGAAAGAAGAUCGAGUUGGGGAACUCGUCGGCAUUUUAAGUAAUGCAUACUUCCAAUUGCGGCGGAGUGAUCUUCAAGUAACAAUAGCUACUAAAUUUAAAUGUAUGCUCGGCAACAAAAGCAAAGUAUUAAGUGUUGAAGUGAUGCCAGAAAUGGUUGAGGCAACUUUUACCAAAAGUGGUGACAAUAACAUCAUCUAUGCUGUUCCUCCAUCUAUAGGAAUAAUCGAAGUAGGAACUGACGACAGAAUGAGAAUAAAAACGGCGAGAUAGUCUUUAUGUGAAGCAAGUAAAAAUAAAGCGAACGCAGAGUAUUUUUAUUUCAUACGUAUUCUCUGAAUCGAGUUCUUUUUAACAUGCAUUUUUUCAGUUUAUACUGCAAUGUACAAGUGACUGAUUUGAGUCUUGACAUUUUUUUAAAUAAUGAUUGUGCGCACAAACAGAUCCGAUAACCCGAAAAUCGAAACCCGGUGUGCUAGUUACUGAUAUUUUAAUAAUGUGCUAUUUUGUAAAUAUGCAUGCAACCGAGAAAUGCCGUAAUCGUCGACUUCCAGCGUGUAAAAGAGUACGUAAUAUUUUUGAUUUUUUAUAUUGAAGAAGCUUCCAGUAAUAAUUGUUAAGUAUUUGACUGCUUUCGAAAGGAACCGUGGUCUCAAGUCAUUUCUCAGGUGCUUAUAUACUUCAUUAGGAAACGGAUUUUUGUUUAGGCGGUUAUUCAUUUUCUAAAACAUCGACUUUAUCGUAGAACUUAUAGACGUACUUAUGGAGGAAUUAGGUUAAUAUAGCAGAUUUUAUGUUUUUUUAAUUGAAUGUUUCACAGAAGUGUUGAAAUUUAGUUUUUAUAUUCUACCAAAUUGUUGAAGAGCAUAAUAUGAAUAGGGGACAUCCGGAAUGCGCUUCAGGUAUUCUUAAAUAUUGUACUUACGCUUAAGAGUAUUGAAAAAUGAAUGGUUGAUUCUUUCUCUAAAUAACUUUUGAUAAACGCGUACCAACGAGUAUUUAAAAAAUGUGCCUAAUUGUAAAAAAUUUGUAACUAUUUGAAUAAAGUUUGUGCCAUUGUUGAAAAGAAGAAAAAUAUAACAAUAUUUAACACAAA